CCCUCCACCGGAACAACCAGUCGCACCUCACUAGGUCGGAGGAGCGGCGGCGAACAACCGUCGGAAUUGCGGCCCAACCCUCGGUGUUGCUGGGGAAGUUUGAUAGCUGCGUUUUGGUCAGGAUUCGGUCGGGAUUGCUGAGGUCGAGGACGAGAAGGGUUCCGGUGUGGAUUGCUGUUCGACGGACCUCACCAGGUCGGGGGAGGGGCGGCGAAGGUCGGAGGAGGGACGACCGGUUCCGGUGUGGUGUUGGUUGGGCGGUGUGGUGGCUAGAGAAGGUGGAAACUAAUGAAGGAAGGGGUGCAAUGGUUGUGCUGUGGUGUAUCUAUGGUGGUUUUAUUCCAUUCUCCUCCAUUCUCACCAAACAACACCCUAAAUUAUAAGAGUUUCAUUUCAUUCUCCUCCAUUCCCUUUCUGCCUUCCAUUCCGAUUUUCUUGUGCGAACCAAACGGCCCCUAAAUCCAUGGACGGUGGUAAAUUAGUAAUUGAAAAACAAAUAAAACGAUUCCUCAAACUAUGGCCUCCCUCCCAUGCGUUUCACGAGUCCUUUAAAAAUCUCAAUUAAUUAAAUAAAAUCCAAUCUACAAUACAUUUGUUAAUUGUUAUCUCAACUCCAAUAAUUAAUCCUCUUAAUCUCCACUCAAUCAUGCUACUAUCUUCUUCAUCAUCUUCUUCCUCCCCUCUUCAUUCAUUCCUCUGGUUCUAUCUAUGGAUUCCAUUACUAUCUUCCUCACUUUCCAACCCCUUUACUUCUGCAGAUUCUCACAACAACAUCAUGCUUUCAACUGACCCAGAUUUCUCUUCCCCUUCAAAAUCUUCUUACCCCCACCAUUUUCAUUCUUCUGAUAGUUGCUCUGCUCCUGAUCUCCACCGCCCUGUUAUUGGGAUUCUAUCCCACCCAGGCGAUGGCGCCUCGGGUCGGCUUAUGAAUGGUACCAAUGUGUCUUACAUUGCUGCUUCUUAUGUCAAGUUUGUUGAAUCUGCUGGUGCUAGAGUUAUUCCUCUUGUUUAUACUGACCCCCUUGAUAUUAUCAUGAAUAAACUGGAGUUAGUGAAUGGGGUGCUUUUUACUGGUGGAUGGGCCAAGCAAGGUUUGUACUUUGAAGUUGUGCAGGCGAUAUUUAAGAAAGUGCUGGAGAAGAAUGAUGCAGGGCAGUAUUUUCCUUGUUAUGCAAUCUGCCUGGGUUUUGAGCUUCUUACAAUGAUCGUCAGUAAGGACAACAAUAUACUUGAACAUUACGGUGCAAGUUUGCAGCCAUCUACUCUUCAGUUUGUCGACAGUAUUGGCGUAAAAGGAACUGUAUUCCAGAGUUUUCCUCCUGAAUUGCUGAGGAAGUUAAGCACAGAUUGCCUUGUAAUGCAAAACCAUAAAUUUGGUAUAUCACCUGAAACACUUCGUGGGAAUCAACUCUUAUCAAAAUUCUUUGAUGUCAUAACAACUAGCACAGACAGAGAUGAUAAGGUUUAUGUCUCAACCGCAAAAGCACAGCACUACCCUAUCACUGGUUUCCAGUGGCAUCCGGAGAAAAAUGCAUUCGAAUGGGGCUAUGCAAUGAUUCCCCAUUCAGAAGAUGCGGUUCAAGUUACUCAGAAUGUUGCCAAUUUUUUUAUCAGUGAGGCAAGGAAAUCUCCUAACAGGCCACCUGCGCAGGAUGUGCUCAACAAUCUCAUAUACAAUUACAGUCCUACAUACUGUGGCAAGCAAGGGAAAGGAUAUGAUGAGGUCUAUAUCUUUACAUAACGAACUGCAUCCAUAAUGGAAGUGUAGCAGUUUCUGUUGUACAUUAUCAAUACAGGUGUUCCAAAUGUAAUUCGGAGUAUCAUUCUAUUAGUCCGAAUCCCAAUUGAUAUUUGCUUUCACUCAAUAUUUUCUUUCACAAGUGAACAUACAGAUUAAUGUUGGUGCAAAUGCCCUCUCCCUUUACUAGUUGGGACAAAAUGCAUUGGAUUAGCUAUCCUUGUUAUGAUUCAUUACAAAGUUUUUAUCCACAAUUUCUUUCAAGUUUUAUCGUGAAACAUUUUCUUA